AACUCUCCGCAGACAAGGCAACGUGAACGUCGAGGAAAUCAAGAGGCAACGUGAACGUCGUGGAAAUCAAGAGGCUGAGUUUGUUUAAAAAAAAAACACACACAUGCAACCUGAUUUCACGCUGUUGAACUUGAAGCAUGUGUUUCCAGAAUACAAGAGAGGAGUACCAGUGACAAUUUGUGGACGACAUUUUACAGUUAUCGUGGUGCCAUGGGAAAAAGCAUGAAGACGUAACCAAGGUGUACAAUUACUACCCAGAGGGCUUAGGGGCGGCUCUCCGCCGAGAGCCGUUCGACUUCAACGCCGAGCCACCUUGGGAUCCUAGCUGAUAGCGGGGGAGCUCCAUCUCCUAACUCGUCCAUUUUGCUGCAUACUAUCUAAGGGCUCAGAGAGCGACCACUUCACCCAGGGGCUCAGAGAGCGACCACUUCACCCAGGGGCUCAGAGAGCGACCACUUCACCCAGGGGCUCAGAGAGCGACCACUUCACCCAGGGGCUCAGAGAGCGACCACUUCACCCAGGGGCUCAGAGAGCGACCACUUCACCCAGGGGCUCAGAGAGCGACCACUUCACCCAGGGGCUCAGAGAGCGACCACUUCACCCAGGGGCUCAGAGAAAGACCACUUCACCCAGGGGCUCAGAGAAAGACCACUUCACCCAGGCAUAAUUCUUUAUGACUGGCAGAUUAGCGGACAACAGUUGAGAUGAAGGGACUAGCUGACGAACCAAACUACUCCGUCGCCCUGCUGGAGGGAGCCACGGCCCUCAGCGACGUGGUUGAGAAUCAUAUUUAUGAACAAACAUUGGCUGAGAAGAAUGCGUUCUUCGUGGCAGACUUGGGGGUCCUUAUGAGGCAACAUGUUCGCUGGCGAACCCACAUGCCCCAGAUGCGUCCCUUCUACGCUGUCCAAGCCAACAGCAGCCUGGCUGUCAUUGAGAUCCUAGCUGCUCUCGGCACUGGCUUCAUCUGCACCAGCAAGUAUGAGUUGGAGCUUGUGCAGGGCUAUGGCGUUCCCUCUGAAGACAUUAUCUACAGCGGUGUGUGUAAGCAGCUCUCCCAGAUCAAGUACGCAGCUAAGAACGGCAUCGACUUCCUGGUGUGUGACAACGAGGUCGAGCUACGCAAGAUCGCUCGCUGCCAUCCCCGUGCCAAACUGCUGCUGGAGGUGGCCACAGAGGCUUCCAGCCAGGGUGAGGAGAUGGGCAUGACGUUUGGCUCCAAGCUGAAGGACUGUAGGCACCUGCUGGAGAGCGCCAAGGAACUGGGCCUGCAGGUGGUGGGGGUCAGGUUCCACAUUCCCAGUUCCUGUGACGACCCUCAGGCCUACAGCCAUGCAGUGUCUGACGCUCGCUGUGUCUUUGACAUGGGGGAGGAUAUUGGCUUCAGUAUGACAAUCCUGGAUAUUGGAGGUGGAUUCAACGGCUCAGAGACUCAGCUGAAACAGAUUAACAGUGCAGUCAGGCCGUUGUUGGACCUGUACUUCCCUGCGUUGUCUGGCGUCUCCAUCAUGGCAGAGCCUGGCAGUUACUACGUGUCCUCCUCCUUCACCCUGGCUGUCAACAUCAUCGCUAAGGAAGUAGGCGCCCGGGAUCUUCAUGGCAAUCACGAUGAACUGUCUCCCAACGAUGAGCCAGAGUUCCUGUACUACAUGAAUGAUGGGGUGUACGGCUCGUUCACUAGCAAGCUAGCAGACAAUGUGAUUCCAGCCCCGGCUCUGCCCAAGAGCGGUGUGUCCGAGGAACCAGUGUUUGCCAGCAGUCUAUGGGGUCCGUCGGGUGAUGAGCUGGACCAGGUGGUUGAUCAGUGUCUGCUGCCAGAGCUCAGUGUGGGAGACUGGCUGAUCUUCAACAGCGCUGGGGCCUAUUGUCUGGGCCCUCCGUCUACUUUCACAGAUUCACCCAGACCCCCCGUCUACUACACCAUCUCUACUGGAGACUGGUUUGAGAUGCAGGACGCUGGUAUCACCCAGGACAUCAGCAUGAAGAACUUUUCUCUGGUCCCCUACUUCCUCCACUCCGGCCAAUCAGAUGAAGCCCUGUCGGUCCCAGCUUAGGCUAGCUGAGCCAAUCUCAUGUCUCUGCUGUGCUGACCUCAUCUGGUCAACAUUCCAAUGGGAGGAAAGACUGAAUGGUGCUUGCUGGCUAAAAGCUUUUUAUUAUUCAUUUCAUAAGGAAUUGAGCUUUUUUGGGGGGGGGGGGGGGUCAAGCCCUAUACAGUAUGUUGUUGGUUCUCUCAAGGAAUAGCAUAGAUGUUCCUUCCUUUUCCACAUGCAAUAAAAUGGAUGAGUCUGUAGGGAUGGAACUCCCACCUGUGUGGGUUUCCUAUGUGGUUACAGUUUACAUACAGUAAAUGGAAUUUAAAAGUUAAUAUUUGAAACAUGUAUUAUAUUGCCUAUAUGUCUCCCAUUGCCAGUCUUGUAAAUUCAAUUGUCUACCUACUCAAAGUGGAGCAGUUGCUUAUUUUAACAAAACCUGAUGUUUUAAAGCCAUUUUUGGAUGCUUCGCUAAAACAUAUUUAUGUUUAUUUAUGUAUUAUUUUAAUUUUUUUUGUGCUAUGAAUAUCUGAUCCCCUGGCACUUAUGAUCAGUCAGUAUUUAGAAGGCGGCAUACAGUAGCCAAUGAUGCAUCCCAAAUGGCACCCUAUUCCCUAUUUAGUGCACUACUUUUAAACAGGGCCCAUAGUGCACUACUUUUAAACAGGGCCCAUAGUGCACUACUUUUGACCAGAUCCCUAUCUAGGGAAUAGUGUCAUUUGGGAUGCAUAUAACAGUACAGUUCCUCAGAUGAAGGGGAACUCUAUUUGAUUCAAGCAAUAUGACUACAGAAUAUCAUUCAUCAAACAUCUCGUUGAUAGGGAGCUUGUGCUCACACUCUAAAUAUAGACCGUCUUGAGACUAUUAUCAUAAUGCAACAUUGAUGUUUCAUUUGUUUUUUAAAUCCCUCUUACAAGUCUCUGUGGAAAGAAUUGUCCAAUGUCUGUGAAUUGGUCUCCAGUUUUGCCUAAAGUAAAUUAAUAUAAAAGCUCUGAAUCAUAA